AUGCUCAUCAUCUCGUCUCGCAGCGCGCUGCUGUCCGUCUACUACCCGCAGAUUUUCCUCAUCCUCACCAGCGGUAGCUACCUGACGCUGUCAUCCGUGGUAGCACUAGGGGCCAACAUCAUCUGCAACAAGAUACCUGGUCUAGCGCCACGUCAGCGAGCCCUCUGUCAGAGCCGCCCGGACGCCAUCAUAGUCAUCGGGGAAGGCGCCCAGUUGGGCAUCAACGAGUGCCAGUACCAGUUCCGCUACGGACGCUGGAACUGUUCAGCCCUGGGCGAGAGGACAGUCUUCGGACAAGAGCUGAGAGUAGGUAGCCGCGAGGCGGCCUUCACGUACGCCAUCACAGCUGCCGGUGUGGCCCACGCGGUGACCACGGCAUGCAGCCAGGGCAACCUGAGCCAGUGCGGAUGCGACCGCGAGAAGCACGGUUACCACGACCGCGAGGAAGGCUGGAAGUGGGGCGGCUGCUCAGCCGACGUCAAGUACGGCGUGGAGUUCUCGCGCCGCUUCGUGGAUGCGCGCGAGAUUAAGAAGAACGCCAGGCGUCUGAUGAACCUGCACAACAACGAGGCAGGGCGCAAGAUUCUCGAAGAGAGGAUGAAACUGGAGUGCAAGUGCCACGGCGUUUCCGGUUCCUGCACCACCAAGACCUGCUGGAUCACCCUCCCGAAGUUCCGAGAGAUCGGUUACCUGCUGAAAGAACGCUACGGCGCGGCGGUUCAAGUCGAGCCAGUCCACGCCUCCCGACUCCGCCAGCCUUCCUUUUUACGUCUCAAGGAAGGGCGGAGCUUCCAGAAACCCACCGACACCGAUCUGGUGUACCUGGAGCGCUCGCCUAACUACUGCGAGGAGGAUAGGGCUACGGGGAGCACGGGGACGCGGGGUAGACUCUGCAACGGGACGUCGGCGCACACGGACGGGUGCAACGUGAUGUGUUGCGGGAGGGGGUACAACACGCACCACUACACGAGGGUCUGGCAGUGCAACUGCAAGUUCCACUGGUGCUGCGUCGUCAACUGUAACACUUGCAGUGAAAAAUCUGAGGUUUUUACUUGUAAGUAA